AUUUUUAUUUUUGAUCAAUUUUAAUAGAAUGAGUAGUCAAAGUAUAACAUCAAAUGAUAUUGGCCGUAAAAAUCCGUCAAAUAUUAACAUUGAUAAAAAAUUGGAAGAAUCAUCAUUUCAGGAUUUAAAACUAGAAAUAACUGUAUUGAUAAAAUUAUUGUCAGCUAGUGGUAAUGAUGAUGCAGAUGAUGAUUUAGAAACAUUGGCCAAAAUUACUCGACAUAUUGAUACGGCUACUGGAUUUGAUCGAAUUCCUGAUAUAUUAAAAGUAUUAAUGUUAUUUGAGACUGAUUUGAAACGACUCUAUGAAAAUAAAUCUAAUGAACGUGUAAAACAGAUUUUGGCCGAUAUUAUAUCGUAUACAUGUACGGGACGUUGUGCCGAAAUCAAAGGUCAAAUUGUUAAAUACUAUAUGCUUGGUUCGAAAAAUUUGAUUACUCGAUAUGGAAUGUCAUACGUACGAAAUCUAUCGAAAGAUCUAAUUGAAUUAUGGAAAAAUUCAUCCAGUGAUGAUAAGAAAACGUUUUCGAAUUUGAUACAAGAAUGUGCCAUGUAUUUCAUGAAACAAAAUUCCGAAAUCGAAGCUUGUGAUCUGUUGCUAGAAGUUGAACAGUUAACAAUGCUGGAAACCAUCAUUCAUGGCGUUGAUCUAUGUGAAAAAGUUUGUCAAUAUCUGAUAGCCAGUAGCUUAUAUGUUGAUGAAACCGAAAGUCAAAACAUUUUGUACGCAGCAUUAUCAUUGUAUUUGGAUCAUAAAUUAUACAUCGAUGCUUUGUUCGUUGCCAUACAAUUGCAGAGCAAAGCAAUCGUUGUAAAGAUUUUUCUCUUAUGUUCUGAUUCACUUAUACGUCGGCAAAUGGCUUUAAUUUUGGCCAGACAUAAUAUUUCAUUUAUUAAUGAUGAUGAAUUUUCUCAUCGAUUGCGAAAUUUUAUCGAAAAUGAUCAACUUUUGUUAGAUGCAUUAUCGAAUCAUCGACUAAGUCAGGAAUUUUUAUUGGUUGCUAAACAAUUGGAUCUACUUAAACCGAAAGUUCCUCAUGAGAUUGUCCAUAAGAAUAGUAGUAGACGAAAUCGCCGAAAAAGAGUAUUACUUCCAACAUAUAGCAAACAAUCAGUUCUUGCAACUUCAUUUAUGAAUUGUUUUAUUAAUGCUGCUUUCGGUACUGAUAAACUAGUUUUUGGUGGACCUGAUUGGAUUGGUCGUCAUAAAGAUUUGUGUAGAAUGACGGCAACAGCUACGAUAGGUAUCUUAUGUUUAUGGGAUAUGCAAAAUGGUCCACUAAAAGUAGAUCGAUUUUUACGAAUCAGAGAUGAAAAUAUCAAAGCGGGCGCAUUGAUGGCAUUCGGUUUGAUCAGCACAUCAAUCAAAUCUGAUCAUGAACCUGCAUAUCAAUUGCUUAAGGAUUAUAUCACGAAUCGUUCACAAUCGAUUCGUAUCGGUUCGAUUGUAGGAUUGGCUAUGGCAUAUUUAGGCACUAAUCAUGGUGAUGUGAUCAAUUCAGUUUUAGAACCAAUUGUGGGCAGAUCAUGUGAACGUAUUCGUCAAAAACAACACCCUUUGGAAUUGAGUGCAUUAGCUUGUGGCUUAAUUGCACAUUCCACUGGCAAUAUGACGAUCAUUAAUCGUUUGGUUAAAAUAUUAGAUAGAAAUAGCGACAACAUGAAACUAUCCGAUUCGAAUACACGAGAUUUGAUUCACGCAAUUGGCCUGGUGGCCAUGUUCCAUAGAGAGGAUCUGCCAACGUAUAUUGAUUUAAUCAAUAAACGAUUUGAUAAACCGAGGGCAGAAAGGUCGAAUACAUCCACAGUAGAAUCCACAUCAACAACAUCGACAAGAUUAAGUUUGAAAAAAUAUUUAUUACUUUGUGUUGAAAUUUGUGCUUACACUGGAUCAUCAAAUAUUUUAAAAAUUCAAAAAUUAAUUUGUAAUUGUAGUCCUAUUAUAACUGAUGAAUUGAAGAAAAAACCAGAAGAACCUAAUGAUGAUGAAAGCAAAAAAGACAAAGAGAAAAAUGAUAAAAAAGAUAAAAAAGAUGAUUUACCUCCCGUUACUGAUGAUGAAUUGAUUCAAUUGUUAUCCAUCAUCGGUAUUGGCCUAAUUUCUAUCAGCGAUCAGCUAAAUUCUGAAAUGGUCUUUCAUACGUUUAUACGAUUUUUGAAACUUGGUAGCGUUCGUAUUAAAGCAUCGGUUAUCAUAGCGAUUGCAUUGACACAUUUAUCUGAUCCAAAGAUGCAUGUGAUCGAUCUUCUUUAUAAGUAUUGUCAUUUUACUGAUGAAAUUAUUGCUAUCAAUGCAAUCUUAGCAUUGGGAUUUGUAUGUGCCGGAACUAAUCAUGCACGAGUAUCUCGAAUGUUGACCGAGCUAGAUGGUGCUAAUCGUGAUAAAGUAAAUCGUUUAUUUGUCAUCAAAGUGUCUCAAGGUCUGCUUUAUUUGGGCAAAGGACUUUUAACAUUAUCACCACAGAUGGAAACAUUAAAAUUAUUAAGACAAAGUUCAUUGGCAUCAAUUAUGCCUAUCAUGUUUCGUUUGUUUGUUGAUCCUGUGAAUGAUUUGAUCCAACAACAUCAUUACUAUCUUCUAUUUAUAGCCGGUUCUAUUCGUCCAAAAUUACUAGUCACAUUGAACACCGAAAUGAAUUCGAUUCCUUUACCUGUUCGUGUUGGCCAAGCAUUAGAUACGAUUGGUGUUGCCGGAUGGAAACCACGCGCUAUAACGGCAUUCGGUUUAUCUACAACGCCUGUUGUUCUUAAUCAAAACGAGAGGGCAGAAUUGGCAACAGAAUCAUAUAAACCUUUAAGUAAUAAUUUAGAAGGAUUCGUAAUAGUCGAGAAAAAUACCGAUGAAGAUGAUCAUCAUGAAGAAAAAGAUAUUCAAUGAAUUUGAUUAAAAUUUAUUUUUUUAAACA